AUGCAUGAAAUGUAAAGAGCAGUUUAUUGUGUUGUAUAUGUGUAUUUAUCUAUUGAUAUUCUACUGCUGAUUUCCUGCUCUCUCGAUGGUUAAAGGCGGUUCGCCGGGAGCCGUGCUGAGGGGCUGGACUGACCGUGACACAGACACUCCACCGGCGGAAUAAACCAAACACCUGCCGCCGCGCAGACUUCCAGCACACGGUCAGAGACGUGCAGCGUGGAGCUUACGUGACAAGACGACCAACACAUCUUCUGUUUUGUAUUCAAAGUGGCAAACGCUGGAGAUAUUGUCACGAAAACAGCAAAACACAUCUUGACUCUUGUUGCCUUUAUCUCCUCAAGUGUCCAGAUAAGAGCUUAGAAGUAUCCCGAGGAAUUGCGUGCGCAAACUGCAACUUUUAUCACCGUUUUCGGGCUUACUGACACGCCCCAAAAGUGCCAAUUCAAAAGGCUGAAGCUAUAACAGCUCUUAUGUUUUUAUGAGGAGGUUUUGGACGGAUUUCAGAGUUGAAGGCACGAGUGCUCACAGAGACGGUAAGGAAUGUAACGAUAACAUCUCACCUGCGCCUCAAGAAACCAAAUACAGGAGCAACAGACCGACUGAGCCACAAAACCAGCAAAUCAGGUUGCCUGCGAAUGGCUGGAACUAUGAGAGUUAUGGAAACGCGACUCCUCCUGUUGCUGUGGGCUUUGUUUGUGUUUGAAGUGGCCUGCACACAUCGCUCCGCUCCCAGAGUGCACCUGGCUUUUAAAGAGCUCAUGGACACUCGGACAGCGAGGCCGUUCAGUUUUUCCUUCAACACCAGUGACUAUCGGAUUCUGCAUGUUGAUCCAGACCAAGGCCGGUUGUACCUGGGCAGCCGCGAAUAUCUCGUCUCACUGGACAUGCAGAACAUCAACAAAGAGCCUCUCAUUAUCCAUUGGCCGGCUCCGGCUCAGAGAAAGGGAGAGUGUCAGCUGACUGGGAAAGGCAGGCAUGGAGAGUGUGCUAACUUUGUGCGCUUGAUUGAGCCGUGGAACAGGACCCAUCUGUACACCUGCGGCACUGGAGCUUAUAAACCCAUCUGUACCUUCAUCAACAGAGGCUGGAGAGCUGAGGAUUAUCUCUUCAGGCUGGUUCCUGGUUAUGUGGACUCUGGAAAGGGAAAAUGCUCUUACGAUCCAAAUCAGGAGAACGUUGCAUCCCUGAUUAAUGGAAACCUGUAUGCUGGGGUGGCGGUGGAUUUCAUGAGCACUGAUCCAGGCAUCUUCAGGACCAUGGGAAGCCGUCCUGCUGUGAGAUCAGAGCAGUAUGAUUCCAAAUGGCUGAACGAACCUGUAUUUGUUCAAAUGAAACAGAUCUCUGACAGCUCGGAGAAGAACGACGACAAGCUUUAUUUUUUCUUUCGUGAGAAGAGUCUGGAUUCUGGUGGCGGAGCGAGCCCCAGUGUGUUGGCCAGAGUGGGCCGAGUGUGUCUGAAUGAUGAGGGCGGACAAAAGUCUCUUGUGAACAAGUGGACAACUUUUCUAAAGGCCAGGCUGGUGUGCUCAGUGAUGGGAGAUGACGGGGUGGAAACCUUCUUUGAUGAACUGAGGGACGUGUUUAUCCAGCCCAGCCAGGAUGAACGAAACCCUAUUGUAUAUGGUGUCUUCUCCACUUCUGGCUCUGUGUUUAAAGGCUCAGCAGUGUGUGUCUACUCAAUGGCUGACAUCCGGAAUGUCUUCAAUGGCCCUUUUGCCCAUAAACACGGACACAACUACCAGUGGACUACAUAUACUGGAAAGAUUCCCUAUCCUCGUCCCGGAACGUGUCCAGGAGGCACAUUCACUCCUGGUCUUCAGUCCACUAAAGAGUUCUCAGAUGAAGCGGUGAACUUCAUCCGUGCUCAUCCGCUCAUGUACCACCCUGUAUAUCCCAUUCACAAGCGCCCUCUUGUGGUCCGAUCCGGUGUGGAUUACCGCUUCACUACUAUUGCGGUGGACCAGGUGGAUGCUGUGGAUGGACGAUACGAGGUUCUUUUCCUGGGAACAGAUCGUGGGACAGUCCAGAAAGUUAUAGUUCUACCUAAGGAUCCCACAACAAUGGAAGAGCUCACUUUGGAGGAAGUAGAAGUUUUCAGGACUCCUGCUCCUGUCAAAACAAUGCACAUAUCAGCCAAAAGGCAACAGCUGUAUGCAUCUUCAGAGGUGGGUCUUACCCAGAUGUCUUUGCACCGCUGCGGUGUGUAUGGAAAGGCAUGUUCAGACUGUUGUCUGGCCAGAGACCCAUACUGCGCCUGGGACGGAGACAACUGCUCAGCCUUCACACAAGCCACCAAAAGGCGGAGUAGAAGGCAGGAUGUGAAACACGGCGACCCUUUGCGUCAGUGCCGAGGCUACAAUGCUAAAGUGGAGAGGAGACUGAAGGAGAAGGUUCAGUUUGGUGUGGAGGGCAGCAGCACGUUUCUGGAGUGUGUGCCCAGAUCUCCUCAGGCCACCAUCAAAUGGCUCUACCAGAAAGAGGGACGACGGAAAGUGCUGAAUCGGGACGGGGAGGUGCUCAGGACUCCUCAAGGGGUUCUUCUGAAAGCUCUCACUAAAGCAGACGCGGGUCAGUACCACUGCCUGGCCACAGAGAAUAACUUCAAGCACACGCUGGCUCGUGUCUCCUUGCGCAUCCUGGACCGGGACAUCGCUGUGGCCCUCACCACCCCUGACGAAGACGAGGAGGAGGCAUUGAGAAGCAGUCACAAAGGCCACCAGCACCAGCCUGCUCCUCCAACACCUGCACUCCUGCUGGAGCCAGAAAUGCGUCUGAUUCAGCAAUACUGCCAGUCCUACUGGGAGCAGCUGACGGCUGGAGGAAAUCCUCGCGCCGAGCUGCCCAAACGCACAAACCGCAGACACACUGAGGAGAGUGAGGAGUGAGUCUCCUGUUCAUCAGCCUCUCCUGGACUCUUAUAGGUUAGUUUAUGUGCAGUGACAUCAAAGAGUAUUUGGACAUUUUUGGACCAUUUGGACCCUUUUUUGUAGCGUUUGAACUGAACACAAAUGCAUUUAAGACACUUAAAAAUGAAAACACAGAAUAACUUGAUGGAAUAAUUAACAUUGGUCCCAUAAACUGUUUGGACAUUUUUCUGACCAUUAAAAAUUAUUUGCUGUUUACAAUAUGCAAAAUUAAAUGCUUGCUAACUUA